AUGGAGAAAGAUUCUUUUACUUUUGUUGAUGUCGAGGACGAGGAUGGACACGGCAAACGGAAGAAGAUUAGAAAACUCAAAGAACAGCUCGACACUCUCAAAAGACUUCACGAGGAUAGACUAAGGCAAGAAGAGUCGACCAACCAAGCGGAUUCCUCCCUUAUCCAAAAAGUGGCUAGCCUUCAGGAACAGGUGAGGGAUCUAAGCUACGCCGUCGUCGAAAUGAAGGCAGACUAUGUGGAGUUCGACACCCAAAGACAAGAAUCAACCAAUCAAGCCGAUCCCUCACUUAUCCAAAGACUAGAAAGGCUUGAAAGUACCGUCAAAAACCUCCACAAAGAAGGGAGUACAGGUGAACCCCGCCCUAACCGCGAAUAUGUCCUGAACGCAUGGUCUCGAGCUCCCCCGGUAUCUUCCCCAGAACAGGACGGGUGGGGCAACUGGAGAGACCGUUCUCAAAUCUCUUCUGAAGACAAACAACCCAUUUACGAAGGCGACAUCCACGCCGAUAUCCGCACUAUCAUUGCUAAAGAACAGACGGACCCGGAAACUGCUGACCGAUGGAAGGCCGCAUUCUUCGAUAGAUAUGGUCUUCAAUGGGGGAUUGAUUGUUGCAAGGGAAAUGAACUUAGCGAUCUUCCUAUCACGAUGACCCGGUUGUUUAAUAUCAGGGCUCAUGUCCUACAUGGCUGGAGUGGGGCUGACCGGUGUGGAAGUGACACACGUAGUGAGAUACUUGGUAUUUGUGAUGAAUGGAUUGAGACCUGGAGGUUUACUUCCGUCUGCAUCCCGGCGAGACAGUAUAGUGAGCUGUGUCGAAUGUAUUAUCGCUGA